GUGGCGUUUUAGUCUAUACGCCGUUUUCCAGCGUUCUUCUUCUUCUUCCUCCUCGCCUCAGGCCUCAGCCAUUAUUCCCCUUUCUCCCCAAAUCGUGCCGCUCCAAAUCUGCUGUUCCUUCCCUUUCUCCGUCACGAUUGUUGUGCGCGUGGCCGCGGCACUGUACAGGCAAACCGUACUGGUCCUGGACUGCGGUGGAUUGAUCUGCUGCUAUGUUGGAAAAGAUCGGGUUACCACCGAAGCCGUCCAUGCGUGGGGCGACCUGGGUGCUGGAUGCAUCCAAUUGCCAGGGUUGUUCUGCUCAGUUCUCUUUGUUCACUCGGAAGCAUCACUGCCAAAGAUGUGGAGGCCUCUUCUGCAGCAGCUGCACCCAGCAGAGGAUGGUUUUACGUGGGCAGGGUGACUCACCUGUUCGAAUUUGUGAUCCAUGCAAAAAGCUCGAGGAAGCAGCACGUUAUGAGUUGAGAUACGGACACAAAAGUAGAGCUGCCAAAGCUAACACAAAAGCAGCUUCUAAACCAGAGGAUGAAAUACUUAGUGAACUUCUUGAAGGUGAUGGAGCGAACGCCCAGUUUUCUCGCCGGGAAUCUUUGGGUUCUGAGCUUCCUAGGAGAACCAGCACUGCCAGCACAGCCAGUUCUAGUUCCAGUUCCAGAAAAGCCAGUAUGGAUGGAAAUGGAGAUGGCAGCCUGUCCACUGAAACACAAAAUUAUGAACUCAACAACACUGCGUCCAUUUUCACUCCAGAAGAACUGCGUCAACAAUCAGUAGAGGAGAAGAAAAGGUACAAAACACUGAAGUCAGAAGGAAAACCCGAGGAAGCACUGCGGGCUUUCAAACAUGGUAAAGAGCUCGAGAGGCAAGCCGCAGCACUUGAAUUAGAAUUGAGAAAGAGCAAGAGAAUGGCUGCCAAAGCUCCUAAUGUAAAUGCUGUUGUUAAUACCCAUAAGAUAGAUGAUUCUGACGGCACUGAAACAAAAAGGGCUCUAUCUGGAAAAAGGGGUAGGAAAGAAAAGAGCGAUCUUGCCUCUGAACUCAAAGAUCUAGGCUGGUCAGAUGCAGAUCUUCAUGAUGAAACAAGGCCAACUGCUAUGAGCGUUGAAGGAGAGCUAUCACAGCUUCUUAGAGAGGUAGCACCGAAGUCAUCAGAGGGCAAGAAAACUGGCGGCAUCGACAAAUCUCAGGUUAAUGCUCUGAAGAGACAAGCCCUAGUACUGAAGCGAGAAGGUAGACUUGCUGAAGCAAAAGAAGAACUAAAGAAGGCUAAAAUUUUGGAAAGGCAACUAGAAGAACAGGAGAUUCUGGGUGAAGCGGAAGAGUCUGAUGAUGAUUUGGCUGCAAUUAUUCAGAACAUGGAUGAUGAUAACCAGGAUGACAUACUAUUGGACGAUUCGAGUUUCCCUGCUUUCAGUUUUGAACAAAUUCUUGGUGGCUCUGAUGAUCUUGCCUUUGAUAGCAACUUUGAUGUUACAGAUGAUGACAUCAAUGACCCAGAUAUGGCUGCUGCCCUAAAAUCAUUUGGCUGGAGUGAAGAGGAUGACAAACAAAUGGACAGUCACGGACCUCUUUAUUCUGUGAAUCAAGAGGCACUAAAGGAUCAAGUGCUUGCUUUAAAAAGGGAGGCUGUUGCUCACAAGAAGGCUGGUAAUGUUGCAGAGGCCAUGUCAUUGCUUAAAAAGGCAAAGCUACUUGAGAAGGAUUUGGAAACUGAACAACCUGACUCAAAGGUCCUCUCUCCAGAAGGACAGAAAAAUGCACACACUGAAGAUGUGACUGCCAUAGAGAUUAACGCCUGUGCUGUGUCAGCACCAAAAAGUAAGCUGGCAAUUCAGAGGGAACUAUUAGCGCUGAAAAAGAAGGCCCUAGCCUUGAGAAGGGAAGGGAAGGUGGAUGAGGCCGAGGAAGAGUUAAGGAAAGGUGGCAUUCUCGAGAAGCAACUUGAAGAACUUGAAAAUUCUUCUAAGCGACCUGUUGCCAAGGACAAUAGGAGCUUUAGUUCAGCGCCGCCAUAUAAAGCUGAAACCCCAAUUCUAGAUCUUGCUGAUGAAGGAUAUGAACCUGAGGUGACAGACAAUGACAUGCAGGAUCCAGCAUUGCUAUCUGUGUUGAAAAAUAUGGGAUGGGAAGAUGAUGAUACGGAUUCUGUGAACACAACAGAUAAACCAUUGGAUCGUGCAAGGGUCGUUGCUCAGAAGCCAAAGAAGAGCAAGGGUCAGAUUCAGAAGGAAUUGCUUGCUAUAAAAAGGAAGGCUCUUGCAUUAAGGAGGGAAGGGAAGAACACAGAAGCUGAAGAGGAACUGGAGAAGGCUAAGGUCUUGGAGCAGCAACUGGCAGAGAUAGAAGAAUUGGCUAACUUGGCUCCUAGUCAACAAGGUGCAAGUCCUAGUCAACUGGAAAAUAAAUUGGAUGUUCGGAAUGUACCUAGUGUCGAUGCUACUAAACCUUCACUAAGCAAUCAAUUGAAGGACAGUGUUUCGUUGCCGGUGCAUACUGAAGUUAGUGGAUCAUUGGAUACUCUAGCUAGUUCUGUAAGCAAACCACAAGCUGAAACAGUCAUUUCUAAACCAAGUCAUGCAUCAAAGGCAAGCAGUGAUGGAGCAUUCACAGUAUUCCCCAGGCCAGUUAUUACUGAUCCAUUGGAAACGACAGUGGGAUCACAUUCGCCAUCUGAUGUUGUUGAACAUAAAGAACUUCCGGAGGCACAUGGAGACAACACUCUCAGAGAUGAGAUCUUACUCCAUAAGAGAAAAGCAGUUGCUUUUAAGAGAGAAGGGAAGCUGGCAGAAGCUAGAGAAGAACUGAAACUGGCAAAACUGAUAGAGAAGCGUCUUGAAGGCGUUCAACAAAGUAGUGGUGCUUAUGACUCAGCUACUUCCGUUGUGCAACCGAGCAAUUUGGUCCAGCAACCUUCUAGCUCCAGCAGCCACACCGAUGCAUUGGCCUAUGCCCCUCCAGUGCAAGAAAACAUGCCAGUCCAGCCUCAGAAAGCAAUGUCUAGCCGAGACCGUCUCAAAAUCCAACGUGAAUCACUCACUCACAAACGAAAUGCUCUCAAGUUGAGGAGAGAAGGAAAGACUGCGGAAGCAGAUGCCGAGUUCGAAUUGGCCAAAUCACUAGAGAGCCAACUAGAAGGGUCAGAUAGCCAGGGCGCGAACUCUGGCGCCAAGUCAGCUGAAGCAAACGAUGCACUUGUGGAGGAUCUUCUUGAUCCUCAAAUGAUGUCUGCCCUAAAAUCAAUUGGCUGGAGCGCAGCUGACCUUUCCCCACAAUCUUCGAAUGCCCAACCUACAGCGAAAACAGAAGCGAGGCCAACCAUCGCGGCUGCAAGCAAGCCUCAGAAUGAGAGGAUUCAGCUUGAGGAACAGAUCAAGGCUGAUAAACUCAAGGCUCUGACCUUCAAGCGAGAAGGGAAGCAGGCAGAGGCUCUGGAGGCCCUGCGAUCGGCAAAACGUCUGGAGAAGAAGUUGGCCUCACUUAGCUAAUUGCUCUCGCCUCACAUUUUUUAGGAAGGCAAUCCAGGUAAUAGUUUGUGUAAGGCUGUAAUGUCUGAGUUAGAGCAGACGAGGAGGCAUGAGCACAACACCUUCCAGGCCCUGUGUGUAUGUAUGUAAUAUUUGAAGUUGCUAGGGGCGUUUUUCUUUUCACGGUUUCGGGUGUCAUGGCAGGAUGCCGGAGCAAUUCCUGCAUCAUGUACUCACUCUGAUCCUAAAUUCUUGACUCAAAAUUGCUCAAAUAUGGAUGUAUGUAUUCUUAAAAAACGUCUAGAUACAUGUAAUAUUUUGACAAUAAUUUAGGAUCGGAGGGAGUAACAAAUUGUAUUUUUUUUACUGAACUUCAGUUAAUUUACGUGUAAAGUGGCGUUGAUUUGUCUUAA